AUGUCGAUAUUCGUCGUUCCUGUCGAGACGGCCAGGCCAUUGGUGGUGCUGGCGGCAGCGGCUCUCAUCGUGUUUCCCAUCAUCUAUUUUCUCUGCCUCACUGUUUAUCGCCUUUUCCUCAGCCCAAUCUCUCACUUUCCGGGCCCAAAGCUAGCAGCAUGGACAUACUGGUAUGAAUUCUGGUACGAUGUGGUUGCCGAGCCCGAGUACACCUUCAAAAUUGGUAGAUUACACAAGCAAUAUGUCCGUAUCAAUCCAGACGAGAUUCACAUCGCGGAUCCGGACUUCUACAACACCAUCUACGCUGGCAGCGGACGCAAGCGUGACAAAUGGGACUGGAUCACCCGGUCUUUCGGCGUCGACGAGAGCUUGAUCGGCACUCUUGGCCAUGAUGAGCACCGCAUCCGUAGGGCGGCGCUGUCGCCGUACUUCUCCAAGCAAAGCGUUCGCGCCCUGCAACCCCUUGUGGACCGGAAUAUGGGAAUCCUCCUCGGACGCUUCCGCGAGUUUGCCCAGUCCGGAGCCCCUCUGAAACUUGAUGAUGCCUAUGCUGCGCUCACCAACGAUAUCGUCGAGGACUAUGCUUUUGGAAAAAGCGAGGACCGCCUCCAGGCCGCGGACUUUGAUCCUUCUUUCAGAGAUGCCAUGCUUCAAGGCGGCAAAGCCGGUCAUGUCCUGAAGCACUUCCCCUCGCUGAUGGAUAUGCUCCGCAAGCUGCCCGACUCCCUGCUGCUCAAGCUGAGCCCGGCCAUGGGCGCCUACUCCCAGCUCCAGACCAGUGUGAAGAAACAGGUGGCCGAUAUCACACAGGCACACCAAAUGCACGCGUACGACAAGACGCGCCGCACCAUCUUCCACGAGAUCCUGAACAGCAAGCUCUCCGAUUACGACAAGUCCACGGACCGGCUCUGGCAGGAGGGCGAAGUCGUCGUCGCGGCGGGUACCAUCACCACGGCCUGGGCGCUCGGCGUCUCGACGUACUUCGUCCUCGCCACGCCCGACAUACUCUCGCGGCUCAAAGCCGAGCUCGAGGCCGCGAUCCCCGAUCCAUCGCAGCCCCUCAGCUUGCUCGUGCUCGAGCGUCUUCCCUUCCUGACGGGCGUGGUGCAGGAGGGCGUCCGUCUUAGCCAUGCCAUCUCGCACCGGCUGCACCGCAUCUGCCCGGACGAAACGCUCGUAUACCGCGCCGGUGAUCGCGAAUGGCGUAUCCCCCCCGGUACUCCCCUCAGUAUGACCAGCAACCUGGUGCACCAUGACGAGCGCGUCUUUCCCGACUCUCACACCUUCAAGCCUGAGCGCUGGGUAAACGACCCCCUGCUGGACCGCUAUCUAGUGUCCUUCGGCAAGGGUGGUAGAGCUUGCCUGGGUAUCAAUCUGGCAUAUGCAGAGCUCUACCUCACGCUGGCGGCACUUUUUAGGGUUUACGGGACGGAGGAAGUUCAAGGGAAAGAUGAUGUCGGAACCUUGAAGCUCUUUGAGACGACCGCUGCUGAUCUUGUUAUCACGAGCGAUACUGUGGUUCCUGUGAUGCCGGAGGAUUCCAAGGGGUUGAGGGUGACGGUACAUCAGCGACCUGAGUAG